AUGGCAUUCAAAUUCAACUUUACUAAUGAGGAUCUCGACCUCGAAGAUAAUGAAGAAAAUCAGCAAUUGGAAUCGAGUCUCCAUGAUUUGAGCAUUGACGAAAAGAAGGAAGCAUUAAACCAAAUCCCUAGCCGAGAGUACGAUAUUUUUUCUUCACCUUUACCAAAUGUCAUUCAAGCUGAUAUUCUUCACAUUCCUAAUCUCGAAAAACCACUAAUGAAGCGUACAUUAGCUGAUGUCAAGUUUCAAAUGGCCGAGCAAGACAAUCUCGUCGAUGAUACACAAGAAGCAGAUGUUGUCAACAUGUUGAACUUGAGCGGCAAUACUGAUUUGAUCAAAGGUGUAUACGAGGGUGGAUUCAAGACUUGGGAAUGCUCCAUUGAUAUGGUGCAGUAUCUAUCAGGAUUACCAGAGGAACAAAUUACAAAUAAGCGAGUUUUAGAGCUUGGUUGCGGCUCAUCUCUUCCAUCACUGUACUUGUUAUCCCACAGCAGCACCAAUCGAGUCGACGUCCAAGAUUACAACGACCAAGUCAUCCGCUACAUCACUAUACCAAACAUCCUUUUAAACACCGUAUUGACUGUUCAGGAACCAUCAGCAGCUAAAAACGAGGAAAAUCAGGAGCCAUCAGAUUCUGAGGUAGAUUCAGAGGAUGAAGAAGAGGAGGAUGACGAGGAAGGAAAGCGCAUUGAAGAAGAUGCGGAUACAUGUGAUGCAGAGGCCGAGAUUUUAAGUGAAAACAUUCCCACCAUGUUGCAACAACUUUCAUCUCGCACAAGAGCAUUUGUAGGUGAUUGGAGUUCUUUGCCCGGACAAUUGGACGUCGAUCAUGAAAAGUACGAUAUGAUUGUUACAUCUGAAACUAUCUAUGCAGAACACGCCUUGCCUGAUUUGAUUAGCGUGUUCCAAAAAGCACUCAAAAAACCUGAUGGUGUCUGUUAUGUCGCUGCCAAAACUGUCUAUUUCGGUGUGGGUGGAGGCAUCUUGCCCUUCUGCAAUCUGUUGGUCAAGACAAAAGACUGUGAUGGCGAUAAGCUCAAGUACGAGAAAGUGUUUGAGAGCGAAAGCACUGUCAAGAGAGAAAUCCUUAAGGUCUCUUGGGAUUUGUAG